AAGAGAAAAAAAAAAACUGACUGUGGCGCGUGAGGAUAAAACUGCAGAAGAUGUCUGACCCAAAAUGCAAUGAUUACAACUUGUUUUCAUCUCGCCUACCAAGAGAGACAAGUCCAGGACCAAACCAGAGAACUUGAGGAAUGGAACAAAAACCAUCUUCACCUGCAUCCAGCACUGCUUCACUGAGGAGUGACUGGUCUAAAGACAGACCUUUGAACUUUGGAAAUGAUCAGUCAAGACCACUCUCACCUGCAUACAGUGACCACACAGCAAGAAGUGACUGGUCCGAAGAAGAACCUCCAGAUUUAGGAAAUGACGAGCUGAGACCAUCUUCACCUGCAUUCAGCACUGCUUCACUGAGGAGUGACUGGUCUAAAGACAGACCUUUGAACUUUGGAAAUGAUCAGUCAAGACCACUCUCACCUGCAUACAGUGACCACACAGCAAGAAGUGACCGGUCCGAAGAAGAACCUCCAGAUUUAGGAAAUGACGAGCUGAGACCAUCUUCACCUGCAUUCAGCACUGCUUCACUGAGGAGUGACUGGUCUAAAGACAGACCUUUGAACUUUGGAAAUGAUCAGUCAAGACCACUCUCACCUGCAUACAGUGACCACACAGCAAGAAGUGACCGGUCCGAAGAAGAACCUCCAGAUUUAGGAAAUGACGAGCUGAGACCAUCUUCAUCUGCAUUCAGCACUGCUUCACUGAGGAGUGACUGGUCUAAAGACAGACCUUUGAACUUUGGAAAUGAUCAGUCAAGACCACUCUCACCUGCAUACAGUGACCACACAGCAAGAAGUGACUGGUCCGAAGAAGAACCUCCAGAUUUGGGAAAUGAAGAGCUGAGACCAUCUUCACCUGCAUCCAGCACUGCUUCACUGAGGAGUGACCGGUCUGAAGACAGUCAUCUUGACUUUGGAAAUGAUCAGUCAAGACCACUCUCACCUGCAUACAGUGACCACACAGCAAGAAGUGACCGGUCCGAAGAAGAACCUCCAGAUUUAGGAAAUGAGGAGUCGAGAUCUUCUUCACCUGCAUCCAGCACUGCUUCAGUAAGAAGUGACUGUUUCAAUGCGAGACCUCCUGACUCAGGAAAUGACGAACAAAGACCAUCUUCACCUGCAUCCAGCACUGCUUCACUGAGGAGUGACUUGUCUCAAGACAGACCUCUUGACUUUGGAAAUGAUCAGUCAAGACCACCCUCACCUGCAUACAGUGACCACACAGCAAGAAGUGACCGGUCCAAAGAAGAACCUCCAGAUUUAGGAAAUGAGGAGUUGAGAUCUUCUUCACCUGCAUCCAGCACUGCUUCAAUAAGACCUCCUGACUCAGGAAAUGACGAACAAAGACCAUCUUCACCUGCAUCCAGCACUGCUUCACUGAGGAGUGACUUGUCUAAAGACAGACCUCUGAACUUUGGAAAUGAUCAGUCAAGACCACUCUCACCUGCAUACAGUGACCACACAGCAAGAAGUGACCAGUCCAAAGAAGAACUUCUAGAUUUAGGAAAUGAGGAGUUGAGAUCUUCUUCACCUGCAUCCAGCACUGCUUCAGUAAGAAGUGACUGUUUCAAUGCGAGAUCUCCUGACUCAGGAAAUGACGAACAAAGACCAUCUUCACCUGCAUCCAGCACUGCUUCACUGAGGAGUGACUUGUCUCAAGACAGACCUCUUGACUUUGGAAAUGAUCAGUCAAGCCCACCUGAGUCUCAAGUGUUGAAGUACCAAGAGGAUGACCCUCACACCUUCACAGAGGACGACCCCCAACAAAUUCAUUCAUCAGAAAACAUCAUGCCACGACUUAAAAAAAAAGUAAAGGAAAAAGUCUUGGAUCAGUAUGAGACUGAACUGCGUGGAUUGAAAGAGGAUUCAGAACUCUACGUCACGACUGGAGAUAAAGAUGUGCCACAAACCUGCAACAACAUCUUCAUUAAUUCAGAGAAAAAAGCUGUGCGAACUGUGCUGACAGAGGGAGUGGCUGGUAUUGGUAAAACCUUUCAGACGAGGAAGUUGAUGGUCGACUGGGCAAAAGGAAAGUCCAACACAAGUAUUGACUUGAUCGUCCCUCUCAGUUUGAGUGAGUUGAAGACAGAAGGAGAAGAGCACAGUAUGGAAGAUCUGCUUGACCACUUUUUGGAAGAUGAGAAGUGGAAAAGAAGAAAAGAUUGCAUUUCUGAGUGUAAAUUAGCUCUCAUCCUUGAUGACUUCCAAGAAUGUAAAAGUCGUCUUGACUUUGAAAACAGCAGUGUCCUUACUGAUAUUGGAGAACGUGCCUCAAUAGAUGUCCUCCUAACAAACCUCAUCAGAGGAGAUCUGCUUCCCGAUGCUCGUCUCUGGAUCAUCUCUCGACCUUCAGGAACUGACAAGGUUCCUCCUGAACUUAUUGACAAAGUGACACGAUGUCGAGAGACAUUGAAGCGCAGAAAGGACCUGGUCUCAAAGCUAAAAGAGAGAUAUCGUCGAGAAUACACUCCAGUUGAAGACCCUGAUCAUUCGAACCAGAAAAACACAGAACACAUCUUGAAGGAACACAGCACUGAAGAUGGGAAAACUGAUCAACAGACCAAGCCAAAAUCAGUUACACAAGUAACUGUAUCUGAUAUCUUUGAAGCUAGAAAAGACAAAAAAGUCAGAACUGUCUUGACCGUAGGAGAAGCUCAAAUCGGAAAAUCAUUCCAAGUCCAGAAAUUCAUAAAAGCAUGGGCAGAUGAUAAAACACUACUUUCUCGCCUGUACAACUAUGGAAAAGGUUGGAUCAGUCAAACUGAAGAUAUAGAAGUUCUUUUCCCAUUUGACUUGUCAAAGUCUGACUUUAAAGAAGCUAAAAAAUCCAGUUUGCUGGAACUUCUAAAUAGCCUCUUUGAGGAAACCAAAAAAUAUGUGAUCUCUGACUACUCAAAGUUCAAACUUGUAUUUCUAUUGGAUGGAUUGGAUGCGUUUCCACUUCCUCUUGAUUUUGACCACAAAGCUGUCUUGGAUGAUAUCAGACAGCCAGCCUCAGUGGGUUUGCUGUUGACCAGCCUCAUCAGGGGAGACCUACUUCCUUCUGCCAGGCUUUGGAUCACAUCUCAGCCUUCAGCGGCUGAAAAGCUGCCGCCUGACUGUGUUGACAAGAAGACAGAAAUACGAGACAUCAUCAUGCCACGACUCAUAAAGAAAGUAAAGGAAAAAGUGUUGGGUCAGUAUGAGACUGAACUGCGUAAAUUGAAAAAGGAUUCAGAACUCUACGUCACGACUGGAGAUAAAGAUGUGCCACAAACCUACAACGACAUCUUCAUUAAUUCAGAGAAAAAAACUGUGCGAACUGUGCUGACAGAGGGAGUGGCAGGUAUUGGUAAAACCUUUCAGACGAGGAAGUUGAUGGUCGACUGGGCAAAAGGAAAGUCCAACACAAGUAUUGACUUGAUCGUCCCUCUCAGUUUGAGUGAGUUGAAGACAGAAGGAGAAAAGCACAGUAUGGAAGAUCUGCUUGACCACUUUUUGGAAGAUGAGAAAUGGAAAAGAAGAAAAGAUUGCAUUUCUGAGUGUGAAUUAGCUCUCAUCCUUGAUGACUUCCAAGAAUGUAAAAGUCCUCUUGACUUUGAAAACAGCAGUGUCCUUACUGAUAUUGGAGAAUGUGCCUCAAUAGAUGUCCUCCUAACAAACCUCAUCAGAGGAGAUCUGCUUCCCGAUGCUCGUCUCUGGAUCAUCUCUCGACCUUCAGGAACUGACAAGGUUCCUCCUGAACGUAUUCACAAAGUGACACAAUGUCGAGAGACAUUGAAGCGCAGAGAGGACCUGGUCUCAAAGCUAAAAGAGAGAUAUCAUCGAGAAUACACUCCAGUUGAAGACCCUGAUCAUUCGAACCAGAAAAACACAGAACACAUCUUGAAGGAACACAGCACUGAAGAUGGCAAAACUGAUCAACAGACCAAGCCAAAACCAGUUACACAAGUAACUGUAUCUGAUAUCUUUGAAGCUAGAAAAGACAAAAAAGUCAGAACUGUCUUGACCGUAGGAGAAGCUCAAAUCGGAAAAUCAUUCCAAGUCCAGAAAUUCAUAAAAGCAUGGGCAGGCAAGAAAACACUGUCUUCUCGCCAGUACAACGAUGGAAAUAAUCGAAUCAGUCAAACUGAAGAUAUAGAAGUUCUUUUCCCAUUUGACUUGUCAAAGUCUGAUUUUAAAGAAGCUAAAAAUUCCAGUUUGCUGGAACUUCUAAAUAGUCUCUUUGAGGAAACCAAAAAAUAUGUGAUCUCUGACUACUCAAAGUUCAAACUUGUAUUUCUAUUGGAUGGAUUGGAUGCGUUUCCACUUCCUCUUGAUUUUGACCACAAAGCUGUCUUGGAUGAUAUCAGACAGCCAGCCUCAGUGGGUUUGCUGUUGACCAGCCUCAUCAGGGGAGACCUACUUCCUUCUGCCAGGCUUUGGAUCACAUCUCAGCCUUCAGCGGCUGAAAAGCUGCCGCCUGACUGUGUUGACAAGAAGACAGAAAUACGAGACAUCAUCAUGCCACGACUCAUAAAGAAAGUAAAGGAAAAAGUGUUGGGUCAGUAUGAGACUGAACUGCGUAAAUUGAAAAAGGAUUCAGAACUCUACGUCACGACUGGAGAUAAAGAUGUGCCACAAACCUACAACGACAUCUUCAUUAAUUCAGAGAAAAAAACUGUGCGAACUGUGCUGACAGAGGGAGUGGCAGGUAUUGGUAAAACCUUUCAGACGAGGAAGUUGAUGGUCGACUGGGCAAAAGGAAAGUCCAACACAAGUAUUGACUUGAUCGUCCCUCUCAGUUUGAGUGAGUUGAAGACAGAAGGAGAAAAGCACAGUAUGGAAGAUCUGCUUGACCACUUUUUGGAAGAUGAGAAAUGGAAAAGAAGAAAAGAUUGCAUUUCUGAGUGUGAAUUAGCUCUCAUCCUUGAUGACUUCCAAGAAUGUAAAAGUCCUCUUGACUUUGAAAACAGCAGUGUCCUUACUGAUAUUGGAGAAUGUGCCUCAAUAGAUGUCCUCCUAACAAACCUCAUCAGAGGAGAUCUGCUUCCCGAUGCUCGUCUCUGGAUCAUCUCUCGACCUUCAGGAACUGACAAGGUUCCUCCUGAACGUAUUCACAAAGUGACACAAUGUCGAGAGACAUUGAAGCGCAGAGAGGACCUGGUCUCAAAGCUAAAAGAGAGAUAUCAUCGAGAAUACACUCCAGUUGAAGACCCUGAUCAUUCGAACCAGAAAAACACAGAACACAUCUUGAAGGAACACAGCACUGAAGAUGGCAAAACUGAUCAACAGACCAAGCCAAAACCAGUUACACAAGUAACUGUAUCUGAUAUCUUUGAAGCUAGAAAAGACAAAAAAGUCAGAACUGUCUUGACCGUAGGAGAAGCUCAAAUCGGAAAAUCAUUCCAAGUCCAGAAAUUCAUAAAAGCAUGGGCAGGCAAGAAAACACUGUCUUCUCGCCAGUACAACGAUGGAAAUAAUCGAAUCAGUCAAACUGAAGAUAUAGAAGUUCUUUUCCCAUUUGACUUGUCAAAGUCUGAUUUUAAAGAAGCUAAAAAUUCCAGUUUGCUGGAACUUCUAAAUAGUCUCUUUGAGGAAACCAAAAAAUAUGUGAUCUCUGACUACUCAAAGUUCAAACUUGUAUUUCUAUUGGAUGGAUUGGAUGCGUUUCCACUUCCUCUUGAUUUUGACCACAAAGCUGUCUUGGAUGAUAUCAGACAGCCAGCCUCAGUGGGUUUGCUGUUGACCAGCCUCAUCAGGGGAGACCUACUUCCUUCUGCCAGGCUUUGGAUCACAUCUCAGCCUUCAGCGGCUGAAAAGCUGCCGCCUGACUGUGUUGACAAGAAGACAGAAAUACGAGACAUCAUCAUGCCACGACUCAUAAAGAAAGUAAAGGAAAAAGUGUUGGGUCAGUAUGAGACUGAACUGCGUAAAUUGAAAAAGGAUUCAGAACUCUACGUCACGACUGGAGAUAAAGAUGUGCCACAAACCUGCAACGACAUCUUCAUUAAUUCAGAGAAAAAAGCUGUGCGAACUGUGCUGACAGAGGGAGUGGCUGGUAUUGGUAAAACCUUUCAGACAAGGAAGUUGAUGGUCGACUGGGCAAAAGGAAAGUCCAACACAAGUAUUGACUUGAUCGUCCCUCUCAGUUUGAGUGAGUUGAAGACAGAAGGAGAAGAGCACAGUAUGGAAGAUCUGCUUGACCACUUUUUGGAAGAUGAGAAAUGGAAAAGAAGAAAAGAUUGCAUUUCUGAGUGUGAAUUAGCUCUCAUCCUUGAUGACUUUCAAGAAUGUAAACGUCGUCUUGACUUUGAAAACAGCAGUGUCCUUACUGAUAUUGGAGAACGUGCCUCAAUAGAUGUCCUCCUAACAAACCUCAUCAGAGGAGAUCUGCUUCCCGAUGCUCGUCUCUGGAUCAUCUCUCGACCUUCAGGAACUGACAAGGUUCCUCCUGAACGUAUUCACAAAGUGACACGAUGUCGAGAGACAUCAAAGCGCAGAGAGGACCUGAUCUCAAAGCUAAAAGAGAGAUAUCGUCGAGAAUACACUCCAGUUGAAGACCCUGAUCAUUCGAACCAGAAAAACACAGAACACAUCUUGAAGGAACACAGCACUGAAGAUGGGAAAACUGAUCAACAGACCAAGCCAAAAUCAGUUACACAAGUAACUGUAUCUGAUAUCUUUGAAGCUAGAAAAGACAAAAAAGUCAGAACUGUCUUGACCGUAGGAGAAGCUCAAAUCGGAAAAUCAUUCCAAGUCCAGAAAUUCAUAAAAGCAUGGGCAGAUGAUAAAACACUACUUUCUCGCCUGUACAACGAUGGAAAAAAAUUUUUCAGUCAAACUGAAGAUAUAGAAGUUCUUUUCCCAUUUGACUUGUCAAAGUCUGACUUUAAAGAAGCUAAAAAAUCCAGUUUGCUGGAACUUCUAAAUGGCCUCUUUGAGGAAACCAAAAAAUAUGUGAUCUCUGACUACGCAAAGUUCAAGCUUGUAUUUCUAUUGGAUGGACUGGAUGCGUUUCCACUUCCUCUUGAUUUUGACCACAAAGCUGUCUUGGAUGAUAUCAGACAGCCAGCCUCAGUGGGUUUGCUGUUGACCAGCCUCAUCAGGGGAGACCUGCUUCCUUCUGCCAGGCUUUGGAUCACAUCUCAGCCUUCAGCAGCUGAAAAGCUGCCGCCUGACUGUGUUGACAAGAAGACAGAAAUACGAGAGAAGCCUGAUAUUACAAGUACGCGGACCCUGAAAUCCCAACUGAAGAGGCAACUGACCUACGUAACUCAAGGGACUGAUAAAAGAAACACGUCAGCUGUGCUAAAAGAAAUCUACACAGAUCUAUACAUCAUAGAGGGGGACAGAGGAGACGUCAAUAAAAAACAUGAGGUCAGACAGAUUGAUGAUGCUCGAUCAGUGAGAAAAGAAACACCCAUCGAAUACUCCGACAUCUUCAAAAAUGCACCUGAGGGAAACAUACCUAUCAAAACUGUGCUGACAAUCGGAGUGGCAGGCAUAGGAAAGACAUUUGCAUCCAUGAAGUACGUUCUGGACUGGGCCGAGAGUCCAGCAGAUGAAACUGUUGACUACACCUUUCUGCUUCCCUUCCGGGAGUUGAAUUUGAGAAAAGACCAGGAACACAGUUUCGAGGAACUGAUUCAUCAGUUGUUCCCAGCAAUGAAGACGUCAGAAAUACGGAACUAUGACAAUUACAAGAUUCUGAUUGUCCUGGAUGGCCUUGACGAAUGUCGCCUUGAUCUCAAUUUCAGUGAGAAUGUCAUUUGGACAGAUGUGAGAAAAAAGACAACAGUCAACGUUCUGCUGACAAACCUCAUCCGAGGAAAGCUGCUUCCAAAAGCUCAGAUCUGGAUCACAUCUCGACCUGCAGCAUCAAACAAUAUUCCUCCUGAUGCAGUGAAUCGAGUUACAGAGGUGCGAGGAUUCAAUGAAAAGCAAAAGGAAGAGUACUUCAGGAAGAGAUUCGUCAAGAAGGAGAUUGCUGAAGAAGUCAUCUCAGAAGUGAAGAAAUCCAGGAGCCUGUUUAUCAUGUGUUACAUCCCUGUUUUCUGUUGGAUCACUUCAAAUGUCAUGGAGGACAUCAUGAAAAAAGACCAGAAGGAUGUGUUGCCCAAAACUCUGACUUACAUGUACACACGUUUUCUUUUGCUGCAGUGUGAACAAGCAAACGUGAAAUAUGAAGAAACCGAGACCAGUGACGAUCCUGAAGCUGAUUCGUGCUUGAAUACAAGAAACAGGGAAACAGUGCUUGCUUUGGGAAAACUGGCUUUUGAGGAGCUUGAGAAGGGAAAUCUUGUCUUUCCUGAAGAAUAUCUUGUCGAGUGUGGUAUCAAUAUCAGAAAUGCUGCUGUCCUUUCAGGUUUAUUCACUCAAAUCAUGCGAGAGGGCUGUGGGCUCUACCCACAAAAAUUGUUUUGCUUCGUUCAUCUGAGCAUUCAAGAGUUCGUCGCAGCUUUGUAUGUAUCUCACAGAUUCACUAACAACGGUGAAAAUGUGUUCACUUCCUCCCCUGAGGAUUCAGAGUCACCUGCAUCAGACUUCUACACAAAAGCAGUGGACAAAGCUCUGGAAAGCAAAAAUGGAGACUGGGAUCUGUUUCUCCGCUUCCUGCUUGGCCUUUCUCUGGCGACUCAUCAGAAUCUGCUGCCGGAGCUGCUCAAAACACCUGAAAACAAUAAGGAGACAUACCAGGAAACUGUGGAGCACAUCAAAAAGAAGAUCAGAGAAGUGGAUGAUCCAGAAAAAAAGCAAAAUCUUUUCCACUGUUUGAAUGAGCUGAAUGAUGAUUCACUUGUUGAGGAAGUCAAAAAGUCUCUGGAAACACGGACCUUUGAAAACUUCUCCCCCUCACAGUGGUCAGCUCUGACAUUUGUGCUGUUAACAUCAGAUUUAAAUCUUGAUGUGUUCGAUCUUAAAAACUACCUGAAGUCAGAAACGGUACUCCUGGGAAUGCUGCCGGUGGUCAAAGUUUCUGAAACUACAUUGCUCAGUUGGUGUGACCUCACUGAAAAGUCCUGCAGUGGUCUGAUGACCUCAGUCCUCAGUUCUCCAUCCUCAAAUCUCACAGUACUGGACAUGAGUAAUAACGACUUGAAGGAUGCAGGGAUACAGCGACUUGCUGAAGGGCUAAAAAGUAUUCACUGCAAACUGAAAAAUCUCAAGGUGUCUGGUUGUCAGGUGACAGAGAAAGGCUGCUCUUACCUGGCUUCUGCCCUCAAGGAGAACACAGGUUCCCACCUGAAAGAGCUGGACCUGAGUUACAAUCACCCAGGAGAAAGUGGAGUCAAAGAGCUCAGUGCUGUCUUUGCGGAUCCAAGAAUGAAACUGUGUGUCAACUACGGUGGAGAACAUCGUUUAAAGCCAGGGAUAAAGAAGUAUGAUGCACUCUUGAAGUUUGAUGAAAACACAAUAAGCAGAAGACUUGUUGUGGUGGAUCAAGAUAAAAGAAGAAAAGUCAAAACUGUGGAGUUGGUGGAAGAGAAAGUGGCCCGUCCUGAAAAUGACGACAGGUUUAAGAGGACCCAGGUGCUCUGUGACAAAGGCCUGGAGGACCUCGGCUACUGGGAGGUGGAAUGGCAGGGCAUGGUCGGCAUUGCUGUGUCAUAUAAUGAUGUGGGCAGAAAAUGGGACAAUGCCGGUGGUCUGGGGUGCAAUGAGAAGUCCUGGAGUCUGAUGUGUUCCAGCUCUGGCUUCAUGGGAAGGGAUGGAAAGAUGUUCACUGGAUUCAUUGCCAGGCACGGGAAGAUGUCAAAACACAUCAAAGUGCCAUGCUGCCAGAAAAUAGCAGUCUACCUGGAUUGGAAAGCUGGGACUCUGAGUUACUACGGUGUAUCAUCGGAUGAACGGAGCCUCAUACACACCUUCCGCACAAAGUUCACAGGCCCACUUUUCCCAGGCUUCUGGUUUAAAGAGGGCUCUGUGACUUUGUGUGACCUGUAAUCUGAAAAGUCAAACAUACCCACUGGUACUGUACACUGAUUUAUAUCAUUCACUGUGGUGAAACUAAGCUCCAUACUAACAGUGUGAAUAAAAAAGGAGCGAUGUCAACUUAAAUACUUAUUGUAUAUUUGUUUUUAGAUGUUCUUGCCCAUCAGCACUUUGUUGCCAUAAUGGUUGUUUUAAAGUGCUUCAUAAAUAAAGUUGAUUUGAGUUGAAAAAAAAAAGUAAGGGUUUUUUUAAUGUUUCACAGAAGGUCACCUCAGUGAGCUGACGGUGUCUUUGUAAGAAAGUGUCUUUGCUUUUAAAAAUAUUUUUAUAGAGUGAUAUGAAC